AUGAGCAUGAUUCACACAUACAUCUAUUUGAUCCACGACAGGCCUCAUUCCGUCUUCCACAUCCCAUCACUAUGGAGAACGAUCACCUCAAGACGUAUCCAGCUGCCGCUAUUGCUGAGUCUGUGUGCUUUCGGUUCGAGGUUGUCCGCCGAGAGUGCAGUACGGGAUCUUGCGCCGGAGCUCACUCGCUGCGCCAAGCAAGCAGUGCAAUCUCAGCUUGAAACUGUGGAUCUGGAGACGAUACAGGCAUGCAUACUCAUUGCAAACAUAUGUGCAGUGGAGCUCGAGCCGUCGCUGGAAACCCUUUACUUUGGCAUUGCUACUCGUAUGGCGCAGAUUCUGGGGCUCCACCGGACAUACUCACAGCAAGGCACGAUACUUCAGGAGACCCAAUGCAGAGUCUGGUGGACAUUGGUGUUGGCAGAUAAUUGGUGCUCUGCUGGUCUUGGAGUGCCCCGUCAGCUUGACGGACAAGGAGGCGAUGUUCCAAUGCCAGUGGAUGAGUACGUCUUCCAGCUAGCUUCGUCAGAUUUGCUGCAUCAUCCACCACAAGCAGAUACCAGGCAACGCUUGUUGGCUCAUAUGAUACAUUUGGUCAGAAUUCUUGGACCAGUUCAUGAGCUCAAUUACAAGCUCGCGCAAGGGGACUUGGCAGAGAUUGCCGCAGCUGAGCCCGUGUAUGCUUUGUCAGAUCGCUUAGACGAGUGGCAUACAAGUUUGCCCUCUUAUAUGCGACUGGAAGAUGCGAAUCUCGAUCGCUACCGUGCAGAGGGCCUUGGAGGGCCUUUUGUGGCUUUGCAUCUGGGCCAUCACCACUACUGCACUCUGUUAUACUUUCGAUAUCUGGAUGCGACGAAUGGGCCAACGUCGGCGUCAGAAGCUUAUGCCCGACGUUGCAAACUCCAUGCAGCUGCUUUCAGCGAGCUUCUUCGCAAGUCCGGGUCCAAAGCGGGCUGCGAAGCUGUCUAUGCAACUGUCGGGCAUAUGACGGUUGUCUCCUCCGCAGUGCAUCUGCAUACCCUUCUCUUGGGCGAAGCUAGCGGAGUGGCCCAAGCACGAGCGGAUCUCACGUCCAACUUCGCAGCCCUUAUUGAGCUGAAGAAGUAUUGGCCCUGCUUGGAGCAUCUGGUGGGACGUCUUCUCAUCUUUCAAAAGUCCUGUCUAGCGACUGGUGGCACCAAUACCCAUAAAGUGGAUAAGUGGAUGACUCGUUUCUUGAUCGAGCAUUCACGGCCCGUGGAAGAGCGAGUGGACUUCCCACAGCCUCAGCUUCGGGAUCCAGAAGACGUCUCCCCCAAGCCAAUCGAUACGCUAUAUGCUCGGGAGCAUUUCGCCAACCAGGCCUUGGCUUCGCUCUGGCAGGCAUAA